UUUUCUACGGAUGUAGAGAGAUAUUAUCGAUUUCCAGUGGAUGUUUUCAAGAUCAAGAUAAAUCAUCCGAAUAUAUCAUACAAGAUAUACAAGAUAUAUUGGGCAAGAUCGGAUUUCGACUGCAAGAUGAAUUGACAAAUGAUGAGAUAUUGAAAUUAUUCAACUAUCUAUCAUCACUAAUUGAUGAUGAUAAUUAUGAAAUGCUGGAAGGCUUAGAAAUGAUUCCAUUGGCCAACGGAAGAUUCAAUAAAUUAAAUAAAUUAAGAAAAAGUGAUGUGAUUACUUAUUUGUUUCCAUACGAUAAUGAAAAUGAUCUGCGUGAGAUUUUAAAUGAAUACUCAGACGAGUUCAUUACUAAAGAUAUUCCAAUUGAAUUAUCAAAACGUUUAAUCGGUCUAGAAAAAAAGCAGAUUUUUAAUAUUAAAAUGUUAAGCGAACAAAUGAUUGCUGAUAUGGUUAAAAAGUCCCUGUCAUAUGAAGAAGCCUCUCGGAUGGAUUAUUCAACUCUGGAAGUAUUUAUGCGAGA